CAAUUCGCCAUAUGCGAAGUCCGCCUGGCUCUCACCUGGCCCUGGAAACAGUUCUCGUUGAUUGUCGCCCGUGCGUUCCCCGCAGGUUUGCGCAGCAUCCUGGCGGCCGACUCCUCGCACGCACCAGUGCCGGUAUUCAGAGGCGGGGCGCCCGAGGAAGAUGCGGACGGGGGCUUGCGCGGAAGAGGCUGCUUAACCCCUGCAACAAGUUCCAGUACAUCGAGGGCCCCAAAUCCAGAGGAGGCGGGGGCCGCGGUGGCUGGAGCCACGACGAGCUCGGUCCAUCCGCACGCAGCACUUCGUGGUGUCGACGCGAUGGGCCCGAGCGCCCGUCAGUUCGUCAGCAACAGUGCGUGUUCCACUGCCGCUUCCGAGAGAUGCAGUGCACCACCUGUCACGGACAGUGCUGUGUCUGGAAGUUUUGGCUUUGCGCACAAAGCGGCGCAGCCAGUCCUCAGAUUUUCUUCAGACGUCAGCGUCGUCAGCACGGAAGGGGUGGAGUUCAUGACUCCGAAUGGGCAGCCGUUGUUCGGGCAUUCGCUUGAUGAGAGUGCGAGGAACAUUCCAGAAUUGGAAUUCAAAACUCCAUGUGGCAGUCAAGUCCUUGGACCUGAGAGAGCGACUCCUAGAUUUUCGACUGCUGAUGAGGUUUCGGUCCCUGACAGCAGCAAUUCCGCUGAGCGCCAUGACCAGUCAACCUUGACGGUUAGCAGAGAUCCACUGGUUCUGGCCGGUGGAGGAGGUCAAGGUGUGCUCGAGGCCCCGCCCGCCUUCUGCCCCUUCCAGUCCUUCGUGCGGGCCGCGCUGGGGCCCGGCGACGAGUCGCCGCCGUGCUCCUGGUCUGCCGGAGACGCCGACCAGUUCCACGUCCGCGACAGCGGGUACGCGGAGACGAGGAGGAAGGUGCCUUCUGCGUUCUCCUUGUACGAGGUCGCCGGCGCAGACGCAGUGACAAGUACCCGGAAGAUCUCUGGAAUUGUGGACAAGGACCCUCGCAGUUUUUCUUUUGUUUCCCAGACUUGUGACGCGUUAUUGCCCCGCAGUGGAUGA